AUCAUAAAACCUGACGAACUUUACUCCGCUGGACAUUUUCUGUCCCACCUUUGAAACUUGGGCUGAGAUAAUAUUUAACAACAAACCAAGUGUGCCACAUAACUUUGUUGCUCUCUGCGCAUGUGGCACUGGAUCGAUGAAGUUGUGAUUUGGAGCGAUAUCGGUUGUAUACUUGACUUUACGGCCAGAAACAAUGGUUUCCAUUGCCAAGGUGCUCCUCGGAAUUUUUGGGGCAGCUGUGGUCGUCGUUUUGAUAGCGGUCCCCACGGCUAUAUUUCUUAAUGAAAAGAACGACGAGGCGAGCAUUAGAUCUUUCACCCUUGAGGACGUCUUCAACAGCUCACUGAAACCCAAGUCCUACAACAUGAGGUGGAUUUCUGAUCAUGAAUAUCUGCAUAUGUCAGAAGGCUCAGUGUUCCUCUAUGAUGUCGCCACAGACAAGAUAUCAGACUUCUUGAGCAAAGACAGAUUUAUGGACAAAAAUGCCUAUGAUUACCAGCUAUCUGCUGACCGCCGAUACGUUGCAUUCAUGAGCAACUACUCCAAGCUGUGGAGACAUUCAUUUACAGCUUCAUAUUCACUUUAUGACCGGGAGUCAGACACAUUUAUCACACCCUCUGACAUUCCUGAUAAAGUCCAGUACUUUGCCUGGGCCCCUGAAGGGAACAAACUGGCCUUUGUUUGGAACAAUAAUGUGUAUAUAAAGACCAGCCCCAACUCUCCAUCACAACAAGUCACAUUCAAUGGCAAGGAAAAUAAGAUUUUAAAUGGAAUCCCAGACUGGGUGUAUGAGGAGGAAAUGUUCUCAUCUAACCAAGGUCUCUGGUGGUCACCUGGAGGAAAGAACUUGGCUUACGCUGAGUUUAAUGACACUGGGGUCCGCACUAUUGAGUACUCGUGGUAUGGUGAAAACCAGUACCCCAGCACUGUUUCUAUUCCAUAUCCAAAGCCAGGUACUCCCAAUCCCACAGUGAAGCUAUUUGUUGUGGACACUGACAAUGCAACAAAAAUCUCUGAAGUUGUUGUUCAGGACUCAUUUGGCUCAGUUGAGCACUACUUGUCUACUGUAACCUGGGUGACUGAUGAGCGUCUAGCUGUCCAGUGGCUAAAGAGAGUACAAAACCAUCUCAUCAUUCAGAUCUACAACUUUAAUGGAUUCACAUGGAAUACUUAUGAGCAUCUGGAGGUGACGAGCACUGGCUGGAUUGGACGGUUUUCUCCAUCAGAACCAGUUUUUGCCGCAGAUAAGAACAGCUAUUACCUGCUCAUGAGUGACACUGAACAAUACAAGCACAUCCAUCAUGUGGUUGGGGGCAACGCUACAGCCAUCACUUCUGGAAAAUGGGAAGUUAUUGACAUUUUGAAGGUCACAACAGAUAGUGUAUAUUUUUCAAGUAAUGAAGAGGGUGGCAAGCCAGGAGGAAGAAACGUUUACAAGUGGACACAACAAGAAACCAAGUGUCUGACGUGUAAUCUACGUGAAAACUGUCAGUAUAACUCCGCUUACUUCAGCCACAAUGCCUCCUAUUACCGUAUGAGCUGCAGUGGUCCUGGCACUCCUUUCUACUCUCUCAUGGAUAACAUAAACAACAGAGAGCAAAAAGUUUUGGAAGACAACAAAGAAUUUGUGAGCAUGAUAUCUGGUAUUCAAAUGCCAACCAUGCGUCGAGGCACCAUCAAAUUGGGCGAAUACAAUCUCUGGUACCAGAUGAUUUUGCCUCCAGGCUUUGAUGAGUCCAAGAAGUACCCUUUACUGAUCGAUGUGUACGCAGGUCCAUGCAGUCAGAAAGUAAACUACGUCUACAGGGUAAACUGGUCCACCUAUCUGGCAAGCACUGAGAAAAUCAUUGUUGCUAGCUUUGACGGAAGAGGGAGCGGUUACCAGGGCGACAAGUUAAUGUAUGAAAUUUACAAAAGCCUGGGAACCAAAGAGGUGGAAGAUCAGAUAACAGCAGCCAGGGAAUUCAUCAAAAUGGGAUUCAUUGACAAAGACAGAGUUGCUAUCUGGGGAUGGUCCUACGGAGGAUAUGUCACAUCCAUGGUCUUGGGAUCUGGCAGUGGAGUUUUCAAGUGUGGAAUGGCAGUUGCUCCAGUCUCCAAAUGGCGCUAUUAUGAUUCCAUCUACACAGAGCGUUACAUGAUAUUGCCUUCACAGAAUUCUGAAGCCUACGAUAACACAACAGUAACUGCCAGGGCCAGGAAUUUCCAUUCAGUGCAGUAUCUUCUUGUUCAUGGAACAGCCGAUGACAAUGUCCAUUUCCAGCAGGCAGCAGAGAUCUCAGAAGCUCUGGUUGAGGAGCAGGUGGACUUUGAGGCCAUGUGGUACACAGACAAGGAUCAUGGGCUCGCUGGCACUGCCAAUCAACAUGUCUAUACCCACAUGACUCACUUUCUACUCAGGUGCUUUGCAUAAAACCAAAAUCUGUUUUUAUUUUCUAUGAAUAAAGAUAUGCAAAAAAAUACAUGUAAACUCAUUUAGUACUGGAAAAUUAAUGGGUGCAAAGCUGUCCCAGUUCUCAUGUUAUUCUGUGUCUAUGAGAGCUUGUUUUAGAUAUGUUCAUUUAGAUUAAAAAAGCUCUGAAUUAACAACAAAUGUCUUGCUCACUGUUAUUUUAUUAAACCACAGUGUUUCAGUCCAACUGACCUUCCUCAGGUAUAAAAAACAAUCUGAUACGUUGUAAUUUAAUAAAAUAACGGUAAGUCAAACAGUAAUAUGUAAUAUGUAAUAUGUUCUUUUAAAAAUAUCAGUCUCUUCAAGAAUUAAAGCUGAUAUGGUUCCUUGUAAAACCUAUAUGUGAAAAGAUGAUUUUUCUAGAAAUGUAUUAACUGUACAUUUAUUGUUUAAAAGGUCAUUUCAUGGCCAGUAGUAAAAGUAUAAUAAUGCAAAGAAUGAAAUGGGAACUGAGUGUAAUGGAAUGUUUUAGUGAACCUAAACUGCUUGGACAUCUAAAAUUUCUACAGCAUUGUAUUAAGCAUAGACACAUCAAAGUGAUUUGAUACAGUUUUAUGACAUUUGUAAAACUGUUAAUGGAGUUUUUUCUAAUGUAAUAAAUAAUCAACAAUGAGGAAAAAA